CUGAUGUGGAGAAAUGUUUGAUGCUUCAAGACUCUCUGAAGCUGAUUAUAUUAGAUAAUGUGCACCCAGUGGCUUUUGACUAGGCCUAUUCGAGGGUCACAUGGUUGUGAAUUCACACCUCAACUUUGUGGCUGGAUUUGCACUCUUAUUACAACCUCAGUCUGGCGUCCCGGGAGCAGGCGUCUUUUGCACACUUGAAUUAUUUUAAAGAUGUUUUGUUGGAAUCACAACACUCACUGGAUACAAGACGGAUACACAGAGGCAAAACAAGUGGAAAGGUCUCAGAGAAGAGGGACAACCCUCAUGUGUGUGCUCAUCUCAGAAAGUUGAUGGACUUUCAAGUCAGUGCUGGAGAUCAGAUUCUUUUUCAUCAUGGAUCACACACAAACAUCCACAGAUGAAGAGUUUUCUCCAGGAUGCAGGCAUGAAGUCCUCAACAGGUUUAGAUCAAAUCUGAUGAAGAAGUUUGGUCGUCUGUAUGAGGGAACAGCGACGCAGGGAAACCCAACACUCCUGAAUGAAAUCUACACAGAGCUCUACAUCACAGAGAGUGAGAGCGGAGAGAUCAGUAAUGUGCAUGAGGUGAGACAGAUUGAGACACAAUCCAGAAGAGCAGCAACAGAGGACACAGCCAUCAAAUGCAAUGACAUCUUUAGACCUUUACCUGGACAAUACAAAGCCAUCAGGACUGUGCUGACAAAGGGAGUCGCUGGCAUUGGAAAAACAGUCUCUGUGCAGAAGUUGAUCCUGGACUGGGCUGAAGGGAAAGAGAAUCAGGACGUCCAGCUCAUAUUUCCACUGCCUUUCAGAGAAAUCAACUUGAUGAAGGACAAAACACUCAGUCUUUCAGAUCUUCUUUGUGUCUUUUUCCCUGAAACUAAAGAAAUGGAAAUAUCCAGUGAUGAAUAUAAAGUGUUGUUCAUCUUUGAUGGUCUGGAUGAGUGUCGUCUGUCUCUGAACUUUAAGAGUAAAGUGAAGCUGUGUAAUAUAUCUGAAUCAGCCUCAGUGGACGUGCUGCUGAUGAACCUGAUUGUGGGGAAUCUGCUUCCCUCUGCUCUCAUCUGGAUCACCUCCAGACCAGCAGCAGCUGAUCUCGUCCCCUCUGAGUGUGCCCAUCGAGUGACAGAGGUACGAGGCUUCAACGAGCCACAGAAGGAGGAAUACUUCAGGAAGAGAAUCAGUGAUCAGAGUCUGGCCAAUACAAUCAUCUCACACCUGAAGUCAUCAAGGAGCCUCUACAUCAUGUGCCACAUCCCAGUGUUCUGCUGGAUCUCAGCCGCUGUUCUGAAGAAGAUGUUGAGUCCAGCAGAGAGUGGAGAGAUUCCCAAGACUCUCACUCAAAUGUACACACGCUUCCUGAUCCUUCAGACCAACAUCAAACAUGAGAAGGACUAUGAGAAGAAGGUGACAGAUGAAGACAUGAUCCUCAAACUGGGGAAAGUGGCUUUUCAGCAGCUUGUGAAAGGCAACCUGAUCUUCUAUGAGGAUGACCUGAGAGAGUGUGGCAUUGAUGUGACAGAAGCAUCAGUGUACUCAGGAUUGUGCACUCAGAUCUUCAGAGAGGAGUUGGGCUUGUAUCAGGGGAAAGUCUUCUGCUUUGUUCAUCUGAGCAUUCAGGAACAUCUAGCAGCUCUAUAUGUGCAUCUCUCCUGGACAAACAACAACAGAAAUGUGAUUGACCAAAUCACCAAACAGAGUUUGUUGUCUAAAGUGAAGGACUGGUUUCAACUCAAUUCAUCAAAACAUGUUUCAUUAUCUGAGCUGCAUCAGAGAGCUGUGGAUGAGGCUCUACAGAGUAAAAAUGGACAUCUAGAUCUUUUCCUGCGGUUCCUUCUGGGUUUGUCAGUGGAGUCUCAUCAGAUUCUCCUACAACGAAUAAUGACACUGAAAAGAAGCAGCUCUGACACCAAUAAGAAAACAGUUGAGUACAUCAAGAAGAAGAUCAGGACCAUUGACUCUCCAGAGAAAUCCAUCAAUCUGUUCCACUGUCUGAAUGAACUGGGUGAUCAUUCACUAGUGGAGGAAAUACAACAGUAUCUGAAAUCUGGAAGAAUAAAGGAAGCCAAACUCUCUUCAUCUCAGUGGUCAGCUGUAGUUUUUGUGUUGUUGACAUCAGAAGAGGAACUGAAUGAGUUUUGUCUUGAUAAAUUUGUUAAAGGAAAGAAUGAGCCUGAAAAUAUGGAAAUUCUUCAGAAGCUGCUGCCUGUGAUUAAAGAAUCCAGAUCAGUUCAGUUGAUGAAUUAUGGCGUCACAGAUGGAGGUUGUGCUACUCUGGCUUCAGCUCUGAGAUCAAACCCUUCACACCUGAGACACCUGGAUCUGUCUUGGAAUAAACUAGGAGAUUUGGGUGUGAAGCGUCUCUGUGCUGGACUGGAGGAUCCUCACUGUAAACUGGAGAUACUGCUGUUGGAUUAUUGUGGCGUCACAGAUGAAGGUUGUGCUGUUCUGGCUUCAGCUCUGAGAUCAAACCCCUCACACCUGAGAGAACUGUAUAUGUCUGUGAAUAAAAUAGGAGAAUCAGGAGUGAAGUUACUCUCUGACCUGAAACAUGAUCCACAUUAUAAACUGCAUACAUUAUUAUGUUGACUCUCAGUAUUUAGACGUCAGUCCAGUUUCCUCAGGAUCAGCUGAUGGUGAAUAAGGAGCCGCUACAGAGACGUCACAGUCACACAAUCAACAGAGACUGAAGACACAGAGACACACAGCAUCACAGAAAGUUAAAGGGGUCAUAUGAUGUUUCUAAAAAGAAAAUUAUUUUGUGUAUUUGGUGUAAUGUAAUGUGUUUAUGCAGUUUAAGGUUAAAAACCAUAUUAUUUUCCACAUACUGUACAUUAUUGUUGCUCCUCUAUGCCCCGCCUUUCUGAAACGCGUCGAUUUUUACAACGAAGCAAGGUGUGCUCUGAUUGGCCAGCUAUCCCGUGCAUUGUGACUGGCCAAAUACCUCAAGCGCGUGUGACGGAAAUGUUAUGUCCUUUACCAUAUUGUGAUGUCGUGUCCCGGCGUGACGUCACAAAAACAAUAAAACCCAUUAUAAACGAGGCAUUUGUUGCAUCCAGUGGGGACAUAAUUACUGAUUAUAUUGACUUAUACUGUCCUUUUACACGUCGCGUUGCAUCGCGCUGAGUAAACAUUACCAUGUCUGCAUUGGUGAUUGGAGAAACGACAAACAACAAGCACUACUCUACACUGCUCAAAACUCGCUGUGAGUCAGGGUUGUGAGUCAGAAGCGCCAGACUGUCCUUGCAAAGUUGGAAUUGCCCCACUUUAUAGAAACAGCCUUUGAUAGCUUGCAGGCUACUCUCCCAGCUUCAGGAAAUAGUCGUCUGUAAAAUGCGCUGUGCACACUCUAAUAUUUGCGUUGUAUUGUUCUGGAACAGUGUUGUAAAUAUAACUUAACCACUGAUUUCUAGUUGUAUCCUCUUUUGGAAGCCCAAACAAAGUACUUUCGCUUUCACGAUGAAACACAGCAUCUCCAGGACAUGGCACCUGCAGCAGCAACAACACUACAGCGAGAAUAAUAGUUCCGCCUUCUUUCUUUGCGCAUACAUUUGGGCGGUGCUAUGUAAAUCUUCCCACACCGUGAUGUAGACAUGUGGAGGCGUGUUUGAAUGAGCCGUUUUAGGAGGGCAUGGGCGAGUCUUAACUUUUAUAAAGAAUAUCUCAUUGGUUUUGAGACGUUAGUCUUUGCAACUUCAGGGAUCUUAUCUAUGGACAAACAGCUUGUAACACUCCAAAGAGAAAGGAAAACUUGAAAUUGCAUCAUAUGACCCCUUUAAAACACAAGGCUUACACAGGCAGAGUUAGCAAGGGAAAUGGCAGGUGUGAAAAUUCACUACUAUUUUAUUUUUUAUUUAAACUGGAACCAAUUGCCUUUUUUAAAUUUUUUUUUGCUCAUUUGUAUUGAUGUUAUGCCUUGAGACGCUAACAUGUGUGUAAUGGAUCAAGCAGUGCCAGAAUCUGGAGCAGGAUCUAAUUGAUGAUAGCUGUGUUGUAACUGAUGCUUGUGUGUCAGCCUGUGAUUUUAAACAUGUCCAAAAGAAGUUUGAUCUGUAAGGGUGGAUAUUUAAGGAGAAAUGGAAAGAAAGGUAUUUAUACUUUGAGGUCAACUCAGACCAGUGUUUAAUCAUGACCUGUGGUUGUGGUAAUAGUUUGCAAUAUAAACGGCACUAUGAGACGCGCUGGUCACUUAGGACGAAAAAGGUGAAUGAGCUAGGAGUGUGUGACAUUUAUCAUCUACUAUAAUAUUGUAAUAUUGUAAGGUGAUCAUAUGCAAUUCUGCAAAAACCAAAAACACGUCUUGAGAGUCUUCCACUGCAGGACAUCUUAUUGUGACGUCAAAUUAUUCAAACUGGAUUUCCCUCAAAAUGUCAUCAGAAAACAUUUCCAAACAUGUUCAAAAGAAUCAAAAACAACAAAAUACGAUGAAAUGACAAAAAUGAUAAAAUAUUUCCAAAUCAUCCUCACAUUGAUUGGAUCCUACUGUGACGAGGACGAGUCCCCAUUUGUUACACCUCGUGGCUCAAAAGACACGGAACAAAAACAGUGACACAGAACCCAUCUUCUGAGUGAUUCUUCUUUGAUUCUACACAGAAUUCUACACGGAACACAACAACCCAUCACAACACGCCAAUUAAAAGAUUUAAACGAUUUAGAUGAAAGCUCUGGAACAAACAGUGUUAUUAAUUGUUCUUUCCACAUUUGCAGACGUUUCAUACUUGGCAUUAAUGAAAUCACUUCCAGAUUAAUCUUUGUUGCAUUUAUUUAAUUGUUUAAAGAGUCAAUUUCAUCUGUGUCUCAUUGUCUGACUUUCUGUUAAUGCUGUAAGAGCCAAUCACAAAGAAUCAUCUUUCUAAAGAGUUUCAUGUUUGCAUCAAAGCGUGGGAUUAUUGCACUGAUUAAAUCAGCAUUAAACCAUGGAAAUAUGUGAUGGUUUUGCUAUUUGUUUUAGAUGCUCCUUUAAAUAUGUCUCUCUGGAUGCACAAUGUCACAAAAAAAAUAAAAUAAAUAAAUUGUUAACUGAAAUAGAAUAAAAGUUAAUUGGAUGGAAUAAAUA